UCAGUCCGAGCCCAGAGGAACCAAACAGCGGGAUGGGCUCAGCAGCGUCCUCGUCCUACCGGAGCAUUCACCUGGACGUGGACGGCAGGAUUCAGAAGGUGGUCUUCAGCCGGUUCUGCAGUCCCUGUGAUAUCAAAGAGCUGUUUUGCACGGCUGUGGGGUUGCCCAGGAAUACAACCAUUUCACUCAUGGACUCAACUGGAGCCAUGGUGUCUAUUGACCCCACCAUGCCAAGCAACUCAGAGAGGUCACCAUACAAAGUGGUUCCCCAUACCGGAGGACAACUGGCCGAUAAAGAAGAACUCUUUAAGAAUGUACUGACCCAGGUAGCAGAGCAGUUCUCAAGAGCUUUCAAGAUAAAUGAGCUGAAGACUGAGGUGACCAACCGCUUGGCCAUGUUGGAGAAGCGAGUGGAGUUGGAGGGGUUGAAGGUGGUGGAGAUUGAGAAAUGUCGUAGUGACAUUAAGAAGCUGAGGGAGGAGAUGGCCUCCAGGAACAACAGUAGUUUCCUGGAUGACAACAAGAAGCUGACUCCUCGCAGAGAUGUACCAUCAUACCCAAAGUACCACCUCUCCAAGGAGACGAUAGACGCUUUGCGACAGCCGAUCUUCGAUGUUUGGCAGUGGGAACCCAAUGAGAUGCUUAGUUGUCUUGAGCACAUGUAUCAUGAUCUUGGGCUGGUCAGAGACUUCAACAUCAACCCCAUCACCCUGAAGAGAUGGCUGCUCUGUAUUCAUGACAACUACAGAAACAACCCGUUCCACAACUUUCGUCACUGCUUCUGUGUCACUCAGAUGAUGUACAGUAUGAUCUACCUCUGCAACCUUCAGGAAAAGUUCUCACAGUUGGACAUUCUGAUCCUGAUGACCGCAGCUGUGUGUCACGACUUGGAUCAUCCUGGAUACAACAACACAUAUCAGAUCAAUGCACGGACAGAGUUGGCAGUGAGGUACAAUGACAUUUCUCCGCUGGAGAACCACCACUGUGCUGUGGCCUUUCAAAUCUUCUCUCAGCCGGAAUGCAACAUAUUCUCCAACUUCGAUGCUGAGGCCUUCAAACAGAUUCGUCAGGGUACUAUUACUCUAAUACUGGCCACAGACAUGGCCCGGCAUGGAGAGAUUCUCGACUCCUUCAAGCAGAAGGUGGACAGCUUCGACUUCACCAAUGAGGAGCAUGUCACCUGUCUGAAGAUGGUGUUAAUAAAGUGCUGUGACAUAUCUAAUGAAGUCCGGCCAAUGGAGGUGGCCGAGCCGUGGGUGGACUGUCUGUUGGAGGAGUAUUUCAUGCAGAGUGACCGGGAGAAGGCAGAAGGUUUACCUGUGGCUCCUUUCAUGGACAGGGAAAAGGUCACUAAACCUACCGCUCAGAUUGGCUUCAUAAAGUUCGUCCUCAUCCCCAUGUUUGAGACGGUGAUGAAGCUGUUCCCUCAGAUUGAGGAGGUGAUGGUCCAGCCACUCAGAGAGUCUAGGGACAGAUAUGAGGAACUCAAACAAAUUGACGAUGCCAUGAAUGAGGUGCAGAAAAAGAAGAGUGAGAAUCUCACCAUGGGAGGGAAAAAGAAAUGAGAUUUUCAGUCCGGUGAAGCCACAGAGGGUCCAGUACAGUGCAGAAUGGAUGAACGUAGAGUGAAGUACUGACCAGUCAAUCCAAAGCCUCUUUCAGGGAACAUGAACCAUGUACAGCACAGAUAAUGUCACCUGUCACUAUUCUAUAGAUAUUAUUCUCUAUUUGCCUUGUUUUUAUUUGGUUUUAUAUAUAAGAUAUAAAUAUUAUUCGGAAUGUACAGAUUUUUAGUCGUUUUGCUCUUUACUAAAAAAAUAAAAAGUUUUAAGUAAAAAUAA